GAGGCAGUUCGGCGCGGACGAGGUCGGUGCGAGGUGCGACCGACUGAGCUUCGGUCCCGAGACUGCCUGUUCCGCCGCGCUGCCAAACCGAGCGGCAUGGUCUGCGGUCAGAGGUGACCUGAUCCCGACCAGAGACUCGUGCGCCGGUGGACUGUUGGACGUUCAGAGGGUGAUGCGCGCGGAGGACAUUGUCCUACUGUGACUGUUCCAGCCCUCCCACGUAUACAGUCUACAACCGUAAAAUGAGGUGGGCGGUGGUGUUAGCCACCUUGCACCUCUGCUGGAGCGUCUGCUCAGGCGAGGACAGCAUGUUCACGGUGUCGUCCGGGGGUAACGUGACGCUGCCGUGUCCCGACCAGGAGGGCGUCUCCGACCCUGUCACGGUGACCUGGUCGUGUCGCGGCUGCGGCCAGUCGCCGAGCUCCGGCGGCCAGUCGGCGCCGCUGCUGGUGGCCCGCUACAGCCAGGACGGCGGCGUCAGCGGUCCGCGCGCGCCGCGGGUCCAGCUGCGGCUGCCCUCCUUCCAGCUGGAGAUCGGGCCUGUCAGCGCCGCCGACGCCGGGCGCUACGUCUGUUCGGUGAACGGCGCGCCCAGCGCUCACUCGGUCUCGCUCGCCGUCCAAGACGUGCCGCGUGCGCCGCAGCGACCACUGGUGGUGAGCUUCACGUCCCGGUCCGCCGAGCUCUCCUGGGCGCCGCUGUUCACCGAGGCUCCUGCGCUCAGCUACCGUCUGCAGAAACGGCGGUACGACCCUUCGGGCCCGUGGGACCUGCACAACGAGAUCACCAUCCCCGGCAACCGCACCACCUUCAACGUCACGGGACUGCUGCCCUUCACGGCCUACAGCUUCCGCAUCUUCUCCGUCAACAGCGUGGGCCGCAGUCUGGCCAGUGAGCCCUCCUACCCGAUGGUCACACACAGAGAAGCGCCGAGCGGGAAGCCGACGGUAAUUAAGACGUUCAGUCCGAGCUCGGACUCGAUCGAGGUGGUCUGGAGGCCGCCGGACCGGUCCGAGAUGAACGGAGAGUUUAUCGGUCACGUGCUCGCCUACAAACCGAGGGACCAGGCCGAGACUGAGUGGAUCACGAUCGACCUACCGGGUAACGCCAAUGAGUCCACGAUGUAUGUCAUCGAGAACCUCACACCAUUCACCGAGUAUCUGGUCAAGAUCCAAGUAAAGAAUAUGAUGGGCGUUGGCCCGUUCGCGGUUGUCAGAGAAACAACGCUAGAAGGAGUUCCAGGGCCUCCUGGAAACCUGACUCACCAGUCUGUCGGGGACACAUGGGCAAUGCUCUCAUGGAAGGAACCAGAAAGGCCCAAUGGAGUUAUAGUCGGAUACUACCUGUACUUUGAGUUUCCACAAGGCAGCAAGACCAUCACCGAUAACAGAAUAAUCAGCGAGUCUCGUCCUCAUAUGGUUUACAACCUCACCGACUUGGUGCCGUACACCCGCUACACGGUGUGGCUGCACGCCAAGACCAGCAAGCACGAGGGUGACCGCUCCGAGACGCUCUCGCUACGCACGGACGUGGGCGGUCCGGGCGCGCCGCUGAUCACCAACGCCACGUGCCGCGCCGACACGUCGAUCGUGGUGCGCUGGCGUCGGCCGCGACAGCUGCGGGGAUCCAUCGACUUCUAUUACGUGCGCUACCGCGGCGAGUUCGACCCCGAUCUCGAGCAGGUCAUGAUCGAGACCGCCGUCAGCGUCGAGUACGAACAGAUUAUCUUGCGCAACCUGACGGUGGACACGAUAUACGAGGUGCAAGUGGUGGGAGUCACCAAGUCGCGCUUCAAUGACUCGCUGCUCUACUGGGGAGAGCCGUCCGAGACCCGGUCCGUGAGACUUCAGCACGACUGUGAGAGGAUCCAGCGCAUGGAGAGUCUGAAGAAGCGGCGUCACGUCGGCUGGAACCUCAGCUCAGGAAUGGUGACUGGCAUCGCCUGCGCCAGCUUCGCACUGCUCUUCGCGAUGAUGGCGUUUUUCAUUUGGAGGAAGUACUUCCAGGCUGCUUACAACUACCUGGACGAGCCCAACAAGACGCCGUCGACGCUCUCCACCGACUGGGAGACCGACUGUCCCGACGGGCCGGGCACCCCCAUCCCCGUCCACCUGUUCCCCAAACACGUGAGCCAACUGCACGCCGACGGCGACAUCGGCUUCAGCAAGGAGUACGAGGCCAUCCAAACGCAGACCCUGCUGGACGGAUACACCUCCGACUUCAGUCAGCAGACUGAGAACAAGGACAAGAACAGAUACCUCAACAUCGUGGCGUACGACCAUACGCGGGUGCCCCUUCAGCCGAUGGGCUCCCAGAAGCGGUGCGACUACGUCAACGCCAACUUCAUCGACGGCUACCAGAAGCCGUGCGCCUAUAUCGGCACCCAGGGCCCGCUGCCGGCCACCUUCGACUGUUUCUGGAGAAUGGUCUGGGAGCAGAACGUGCACAUUCUCGUCAUGAUCACCAACCUGGUGGAGCGCGGACGGAAAAAGUGCGACAUGUACUGGCCCCAAGAAGGAACAGAGCGGUACGGCGUUAUUCAGGUGUCCGCUCUCGGCCAGGACGUGAUGGCAACAUACACAAUCAGGAAGUUCCGGAUACAGCAUCUCAAGCUGAAGAAGAAGAGUCGUGCAGCCACGGAGCGCGUGGUGUACCAGUACCACUACACCAACUGGCCCGACCACGGCAUCCCCGACAGCCCGCUGCCCAUCCUCAGCUUCGUCAGAAAGUCGGCAGCCGCCAACCCCGACGGCGCCGGACCCAUCGUCGUCCAUUGCAGCGCCGGUGUGGGUCGGACGGGCACCUACAUCGUGCUAGACUCGAUGAUGAAGAUGAUCCGGGCCAAGGGCGAGCUGAACGUCUUCGGCUUCCUCAAGUACAUCCGGACGCAGCGCAACUUCCUGGUACAGACGGAGGAGCAGUACAUUUUCCUGCACGACGCCCUGUUGGAGGCCAUCGAGAGCGGUGAGACGGACAUCCACCGGACCUUCCUGCGCCGAUACCUGCACAACCUGCAGACUACCGAGCAGGACAUCUACCCCUGGUACAACCUCGACAGACAGUUCAGGUUGGUCACCCGAGAGCAGCCGUCUGACUUCAACCUAUCCUCGGGCCGGCACCCGGCCAACGCGCACAAGAGUCGCCACCCGGGCCUGCUGCCGAGCGAGUGCAGCCGCGUCUGCGUCAGCCCGCGGCCCGGCGUCGAGUGCUCCGACUUCAUCAACGCCUCCUGGCUGCCGGGCUUCGGUCGGCUGCGCGAGUUCAUCGUGACGCAGCACCCGCUGGCCUCCACGCUGGCCGCCUUCUGGCAGAUGGUCUGGGACCACAACGCGCAGACCAUCGUCCUCCUCAGCCCAGUCGAUGACCAGGAGUUCGGAAUCUUCUGGCCCCUGGAGCACGACGACUUGGAGUGCGAACACUUCCGAGUUCGUUUCACCGCCGAGGCUCAGGGAGGACAGUACAUCCUUCGCGACUUCACGGUCCAGUCUCGAACGGACGACUACGAGCUGGCCGUGCGCAUCAUCCAGUGCUCCAACUGGCCGGCCAGCUGCUCCCCCAUCGGACACGUCUUCGACCUGAUCCAGGUGGUGCAGCGCUGGCACCUCGAGUACCAGAACGGACCGUGCGUGGUGGUGGACCGGUUCGGCGGCACUGAGGCGGCCACCUUCUGCUGCCUAACCACGCUGAUGAAGCAGCUCGAGUACGAGUCGCACGCCGACGUGUACAUGUACGCGCGCCUGUACCAGCGGCGGCGGCCGGGCGUCUGGCCCAGUCGCGAGAACUACUUGUUCCUGUACCGGGCCGUCGAGGCGCUGGUGGCCGGCGGGUGCAGCACGCCGUCGCUACCGCCGCCGCCGCCCCCUCCGCAGGCUGUCGCACCCCAACCUCCACCAGACGUCACCGACGUGCCCCGGCCGGUGCUGAAGUCCAUCCUGAAGAAGGGAGGUACCGCACAGCGCGUGCGGACGUCCCGGGCCGGGGACACGCUGGUCCGAAUACCCCCAGACGGGAUGGAGAGUGUUACGGUGGACGUAGGAGAGGACCUGACCAGUACGUAGGCGGGACCAGCCUGUGGAUAGGUGUGUGUUUAUGUGACAAGUGAUAAACUAUAUACUCGGGCAGUGUACGUCGAGGACGAUCACUAGCCUUGACGUCCGCGGCAAUCAACUGUGCUCAAGCGGUCGGCUACCUGCCAACCAGAACAAAACCAGUGAAGACACCUUGAGAACCCUGAAGUCGUCUCUGGGUGUCCUUAAUGACUUGGUUGAGCGGGAAAAUAUGUGCAUUUCGGUAUGACGUAUCAACAGUGGAUCGAUGUCGGUGGUGUGUGGCUUUGUGGACAUUGAUGUCAAUCGCACGGACAGGAUUUGAACAGGGACGAGAUGGAUCUCAAGCAGUAGUUGGUUGAAGCUACUCUAGGUAUUCUGACAAUGGUUUGCUUAAUUCAGGAACUUGAUGUUCAAUUUAAGAAAUCGCUAACUUGACCAAGCGAAUGACUGGUAAACAGAUGUUCCAGCAUAUGUUACAGCAGUUCGCUGAUGGAAAGAUAGCAAACACAUCUAGUCACCGACUAAAGCAGAUGCCAUCCUGCUAAAUUACCUAUUUGACCGGUUGGCAGUUGACUUCCUGUGUAUUCAUUGUCGGUGAUAGCGUGAUGCUGUCGGAUGAGAAUGAUGUUUCCAAACGGACAUCAAGGUGAUCCUGCAUGUCGAUGGAGGUGUGUGUUGAAGUCGCCAUUGCGUGUUCAUGUAUAAAGUGUACAAACAUUCACCUAGCAUAUACUUCCAUCAGUUUGUGUGGGAAAUAUGAAACUAAUUUAUGUCGACAUGGAUGUAAAUUGUAAAGUAUAACUUUAUUUGAAUCAAAUUGUUGCCCUCUCGAAUAUUGCCAGCCUAAUGACUGAGCUGGUCUUUUGAUAUUUAUUUACAUCAACAUCAACAUCUCAAAGGAAAUUCUACAGUAAUGCAUGGAAUUGUGUGUAAACUCGCGUGUCUCGACAUACAAGCACGCGGAAACCGUUCACAAUAGAUCAUUGCAUGAACCUGUGAUAUUUUAUAGUGUAUUCACUGUGAUAUGUGACGUCAAUGGAAAUACACAUGAAACCGGAUAAA